CUAGUUCAAUCCAAUUUUCGAAAUGGUUUCGUACCCAAACAGACACAAAUACAGAACUGUUGGAUGCAGGAUACAUUGUGUUAUUUUCAUCGUUAGUGCAACAGAGGCUAUAGCUGAUGUCCCGGAGAAUAUACAAAUAAAACAACUGCUACAAAAACUGAGGCAAACUCGUAUUCCCGUGGUUUUGGUUUUGACAAAGGUCGAUAUAUUAUGUGAAGAAGUUGGGAAAGAUGUAACAAAAAUGUUUCGAAGUAAGAAAAUUCAAGAGGUCAUUAAAACAGCAAGCGAAAUGUUUGAGGUCGAGAAGGAUUUAAUUUAUCCGGUCGUGAACUGUGUGAAUGUUUCGGAAAAGCGUACUGAGAUAAAUAUCCCGCUCUUACUGGCACUCAGACAGUCGUUGUACCUUGCAUCAAAAUAUUUAGAGUAUUUAGGAAUAAAAAGGGAUGACGAUGAUGUUUCUCUUAAAGAGAUGAGAGACAACAAGCUGACAACAGAUUCGAUUUCAUCUGCAAUCAAAAGAGUUGGAAAGAUGCUUGAUGAAAACAUGCUUCCAGAAUAUGAAGAUAUACAGACUAUACACAAACUGUGCGGGAGGCAAUCUGAGAACAUGAAAACACUCUGUGGAAAAAUUUGUAGAGUUAUAAAUCGGAAAGUGUAUGAAGAUGCAGCUACAGACAUUUGGCCAGCAUGGGAUCCGGCAAAAGAUAAGAUAGUAUUUGUUGUAGAAUUGACAACAAUUACUAACAGUAGAAGUACUUCUCUCUAUACUGAUCUUGAAAUAAAAGAAUACAAGAGAAAUUGUAGCGCUUUUGAGAAAGAAGGUCACCUGGCUAUGGUAAAAGAGGAGGAAUUCUUGGCGAAUAAAAUAUAUGAUGACACCGGUCGCUUUCAAAAUCUUCGGAAAGAAAUAUCAACGUAUUCAAAAGAACUGAUGGAUAAGCAUAGAAAUAUAAAUGCAAUUUUUCCCAGUAUAGUAAAGUCUGUUGGAUAUCUCAACUCUGGCAAACAUAGAUUGAUCGAAACAUUAUGUAUUUCAAUACGUGUUGAAAAGAAAGUCAGUGGUUUAAUUCCACUAGCAGAAAAGCCUAUCGCAACAUAUUUAGGUACAUUUCCAACUGAUGUUAUUGCUGGGGACUUUUGCUUUCUUGGUGACGGACCUAAUGAUUUUCAUGAAAAUAUAAAAAUUGGGUCAGCAAUCCACGCUGGAUUAGUAACAGACAAAGGGGAUCUGUUAGGUGGAACAAUUGGUUGUUUCGUGAAACACAAACAAUUUGGUUUGUGCGGUAUAACAUCCGCACAUAUCAUUUUGUCACCAGCUGAGAUUCAAGAGGUGCUAAAGGACGGGUACCUCGAGUACGAUAAAAAUAGUUUGAAACCGGUGUACCAACCAAUUAGCGACACAUCACCACAAUUUGGACAAGUUGUUGCAGCUGCGUGUAAUGAGGGGCUAAGUGACACGCCUGGGGUAGAAGUGGCAUUGAUAAAAAUCCUGUGCAGACAACCAACAUCCGGGUCUUUUCCACUUACAGAUUCCAAAAUAAGGCCCACAUUCGUGUUUGAUUCAGGCAAUAUAGCUGAUGCAACACUGGUAAGACCAUUGACAGAAGUGUUUAAAUUUGGUAUUGAAACCGGACCAACUUUCGGGUUACUGGGAAUACCUGGUGUUUCUGUUCGAUACCGGGGAGGCCUACGAUUAGAGAAUCAACUACUUGUUAUGCCAAAGAAAGAUGCUGUUUUUGCUAAGAAUGGUGAUUCUGGGUCACCUGCAUUUAUAGGUGUGUCAUGCCCUGGAACAGAGGCUGCGAUAGGUUUGGUUUCGGGUGGUUUCGACAGCGGUCAAGUUCUGGUCACACCGAUUCAUGCUGCAUUAAAAGCUGUCCAGUGUCCGCCUUAUUUACAUAGAUUUGAAGAUGUGGGUGGAGAUUCAGGAAUAAAUGCCGACAUUUCACAAGGCUCUGAAAGUAUGGAUUGCAGUUAAUAUUUACAUUUGACAUAACAAAUGAUUGCCGUGGCAUUGUCUGCAUUAAAAAUUUUCUAAAUAUUGAUUUAAUGCACACAGUAUUUUAGAAAUCACAGCAAAUUUAAUAACAUUGUUGUAUAAGUAGAUAUAUUCAGCACACAUUCAGUUAGAGUGAAACAUAAGAAUAUAUAUGUAUAUAUGUCAUUUCAACUAAAUAUUAUUUUGCCCUUUAAAAUUCUAUUUAACAAAAAGCUGUGUUAUUAAAUGACAGUCCACCAUCAGUUUAUUAAAAAUUAUACAACAUUUAUUGUGUGAUCUAGUUUUGUAAUGUUGCGUUAGCUUAAUUAGUUUGAAUGGUAAUAUAAGAUUCUUGCCGAUCCGUAUUUAAUCAUGAAAUAUCAAAUAAAGCCGAAACACUUAAAACGUUGCAAAGGUUGAAUAUUAGACUCUAGCAAAUUGUUAUUCUUCAAUUUAUUUAUCUAUAGUAUUAAUUGUUACGUUUUUAAUAUCUAUCAUACAUUAACUACUGAUUAUUAACAAUAUCCUGUUUGAUUUAAAAAUAUUUAAAUACUCUUUUCGUUCACAUUCAUCAAAUUAUAUUAUCAUAAUAUAACACAAAAGUAGCUAAAGGGUUGAGCCACGAGUUCUUACAACAUCAGCAAACAGUUCGUCACUGAACAAGUCAAACUACAUUUUUUGAAAGUUGUGACAGUUAGCUUUUGCGUGGUUAAGGCAGUCCAGAUACAAGACAUUGUACUGUAUGCUUUAGCAUGUUAUGAUCCAAUAAUUGUACUGAUAUAUAAAUAUAUAUACAUGUACUGAUAUAUACAUUAUAUAGAGUGUUUGAUAAAGCUAAUCUUUAGCAAGCCUAUGAUACAAAUAUGAUUAGAUCAAGACAUAUACAAUAUACGGAUUACGGAUUAUUUGACAAAGAUUUGCUUGUUUUAGCGUACUAUAUUCUAGAAUUAUUGUAUUUAAGAAUAUCCUUUGUUUUUAAUCUUCGAAAGUAUAGUUUUAGUUAUAAUAACAUGCCAUUGAUUCCAUUGGUACCAUUUGUAAUUAGUAGGAAAUCGGAUUAUUUGAUAAUAUAAUCAUAAUUCUUUAUUGUACAGUUUUGUAUUGGACAUUAUCAAGUAUAAUAUGUCAUCUUAUAUUAAUCAUUGCAUAUAUUUCAUUGUACAGGAUAGACAAUAGUUCUGUGAACGUAUUCAUGUACUUUUAAUACACUGUCAGUGCAGAUUUAAUUAUCAAAAGUACACACUGAAAUAGACUAAAAUCAAUUAUAAUACACGAAGUAUGAAGUAAUCGUUAUGAAAUAUGUACUUUCGUCCAAUUCAACUUUUGCACUGAUCAGUAACAAUUCAAAAUUAUACCUUUCGCCUUUUACCGCGACAAUUCAGACAAAUUAUUAUUUUUGUUUAAAGGGCUAUUUUAAGUUCCUGAUCUUCAGAUUUAAUUUAUAUCAACAGCUUCUCAUGUGUUGGAUUUUAUUUAUUUAUGAAUAGAAAAAUACUUGUCUUUGUAUGUACUUUCUGUUGAAUCAUAUGUUUCAAUUUAUGUUAAACAGACUUUGUUUUUUCUAAAAGUGAUCAUUUUUAUGUUAACUACCUACAUAUACAUUCGU